AUGUUCCAGCGCGUACAGUUUCACAUUCGGCCGAGAGGAGGCCGUGCCACCUUCAAGGAACAGGCGAGCAAGCGCCUUAUCUUUACGGAUCUAUCUCUAGUCGCACACAUAGUGGCAAAGUCCAUGGACAUACAAACAGACGUGUCUUUGCAGCAGUAG